ACGCUGAUUUCUUGCUCCGAGUCUCCUCCACUCUGUGCUGCACUCCUUGUGUUGUCACCCGAACCGGGAACCGCUGAAAUGGCACCCAAGAAGGACCCUAAAGCUCCGGCCAAGAAGGCUGAACCCGCACCAGCGGCUGCGCCUGCGCCUGCGCCCGCGCCUGAACCCGCGCCCGCCGCACCCGCUGCACCCGCCGUGAACCUGGCGUCUGUCAAGAUUGAAUUCAACGCAGAUCAAAUUGAAGACUACAGGGAGGCAUUUGGCCUUUUCGACAGGGUGGGUGACAACAAGGUGGCUUACAACCAGAUCGCUGACAUCAUGCGCGCUUUGGGACAGAACCCCACCAACAAGGAGGUGAACAAAAUCCUGGGAAACCCCUCUGCUGAAGAAAUGGCUAACAAGAGAGUAGAGUUCGAGGGCUUCCUGCCAAUGCUCCAGACCGUCGUUAACAGCCCAAACAAGGCCGGGUACGAAGACUACGUUGAGGGUCUGCGUGUCUUCGACAAGGAGGGCAACGGCACAGUGAUGGGUGCUGAGCUGCGUAUCGUCCUGUCAACACUGGGAGAGAAGAUGAAUGAGGCCGAGAUUGAUGCUCUCAUGCAGGGACAGGAAGAUGAGAAUGGCUGUGUCAACUAUGAGGCCUUUGUCAAGCACAUCAUGUCUGUUUAAGGACCCUGCCACUGCAGUGGUGAACAUUGCAUAUGCGCAGACCCCAUGGUGUCGAGACAUCCACUCGCUGUUUCCAACACCAUCUGAGGAAACAGGGGAACAAAGGACUAUGAGAUAUUUCUUAACCCUUCUUUGGUUGUUUUUUUUUUCUUUUUUGUCCAACUGGUGCUUCUCCCACCCUCUCUUCCUCCUUCUCCCCUUCCAACCAUUUUGGACACCUUCCUUAUUUCCCACAAGAUGUUUCCUUGAUCUGCUUCACCUAAGUCGCCCUGUCUCGGUGGGGUUUUUGUCUCCACUGGUUUUCAGAGGAACAGAACGAGGGAAGGUGGAACGAUGGCAUCCAUCAUCUCCCGUCACUUA